ACAAAGGACUUUGGUCUUCUCACUUUCCCACCCCUAGGGAUGUUCCGAAAACAUUGUGGUCGUCCAGCCCGGAGGCGUGGAUGUUGUCGACCACAUGCCCACCCCUGGGAGUGUUCCGAAAACAAGCGACCUUCGCCCAUCCCUUGGUCGGGGUGUUCCCAAAACGAAGGACUUUGCUCUUCUCACUUGCCCACCCCCAGGGAUGUUUCGAAAACAUUGUGGUCGUCCAACCCGGAGGCGUGGACGUUGUCGACCACAUGCCCACCCCUAGGAGUGUUCCGAAAACAAGCGACCUUCGCCCACCCCUUGGUCGGGUCUUAUCUUCAGCCCGCUCAAUAUAAUCCUGUUGGUCACAUCCACUUACCCAUUGGACUACGGGUGGGCGACAGAGGCAAAGUGCUGCUCAAUUCCCAUCUCCUCGCACCACGCCCUAACCCGCUUGCAAGUGAAUUGCGUUCCAUUAUCCGAUAUCAAAACUUUGGGAACCCCGAACCGACAGCAAUUGUUGUUGUACAGAAAUUUGAUUACUUUCUCCUCAGUGAUCCUGGCCAGUGGUUCAGCUUCCACCCACUUCGUAAAGUAGUCGACCGCCACGACCAAGAAUUUUCGUUGCCCUGUUGCCUGCGGCAUUGGCCCCACCAGGUCGAUUCCCCACUACGCGAACAAAAUUGGUGCACUCAUGGUGGUCAUUGUCUCAGCGGGUUGGUGGAUAAGCGGGCCGUGUUUCUGACAUUGCAAGCAUCUUUUGGUCAUCUCCUUGGCAUCCGCCUUCAUUGUCGGCCAGAAAUACCCUGCUCUCAAAAUCUUUGCCACAAUGGCUCCAGUCUUGCUGUGGUCGCUGCAGCAUCUCUCGUGCAUCUCUCUGAGGACAUACUGGCCUUCUUCCUUAGUCACACAUCGCAAAUGCGGCCUUGCGUACAAUCUCUU